AUGAAAACUGUAAUUGAAGAAAAAUCCGCUAUUAUUAACAACUUAAAAAAAGAAAAUACUCAACUUCAAGCAUCAGUCAAGAACCUUAAAACCCGGUUAAACAUCGUAGAAUCACAUAUGAGAGAAUGCAACAUCGAAUUAAAUGGUAUUCCCGAACAUAAAGCGGAAAAUUUGGCAAACACUAUCGUGCAGUUAGGACAAGCUGUUAAAAAUUCGCUGUCAGUUGAUGACAUCCAAUAUGUUACUCGAGUAGCUAAGCUGAAUAAAAAUACCAACAAGCCACGUUCUGUCAUUGUUAAGCUUCGUACCAUGAAACACAGAGAUGCUCUCCUAGCGGCUGUUGCUUUAUUUAACAAGAAAAAUCCUGAUGAUAAACUAAACUCUCACCAUCUAGGAAUUGGAGGAUCUAGAGUCCCAAUAUAUGUUUCAGAACAUUUAACUCCAGGAAAUAAAUCCCUUCAUGCCGCUGCGCGCAUAAAAUCCAAAGAAAUGAAAUAUCGCUUCAUAUGGAUUAGGAAUGGAAAAAUUUACGUACGGAAAGAUGAAUUUAGUCAAGCAAUAAUAAUAAAAAAUGAAGAUAGUCUUAAGCUCAUAAUUUAA